AUGAGUAAUAUCCCAAUGAAAAUGUUAAUGUUCAUUCCUUCAUUAUUAGAUCCUACUUUCUUAGUUAAAGCAGUGAUACCCAAACGUAAAAUAAAAUCAAGUGCUGGUAAUAGAAAUAGACAAUCAAAGAAUACUGUUAGUACUGCCACCACCACCACUACUACUAAAAGAAUCACAUAUACUAAAAGAAUAUCAACUUCAGAUGUUACUGAUGCUAUUAUUGCCAAUUCUGCUGCUUCCAUUACAAACGACCCUACUAUAGAUGAUGAACCACCAUUCAAUGUUAUAAGUUCAUCGCAUGCUUUAUCAAGUCAUAGAAUAAAUUCAUUUAAUGGACGUGCUUCAUCACCAUUUUUUGAAACAAGUCCAAUAAAUUCACCAUUCUUUGAUGGUUCUUCAUAUACCAGUGAUGACUCUAUGAUGGGAGAUGAUCAUAAUGAUGAAGAAGAAGAAGAAGUAAUUGUCAAUGAUGAUGAUGCAUCAAUUGUUAAUGGUCAUACUCGUAAUGACAGUUUUUACACUUAUGAUAUCAAUAUGACCAAUAGUGAUGAUGAUGAUGAUGUUUGGAGUUAUAAUCCGGAAACAGGUCAUACUAUCAUGAUGAAUGAUGAAAGAAAGAAAACUUCCUCAAAACUGGUUAGAUUUAGUUAG